CUGAAAAAACCCUUCAAUUUCACUGGAAUUACAAUAUAGUUCACAGUUCCCAUAAACCCAAACAAGUGGCAUAAUAGAAAUUAAUCCGAACCUUCUAUAGUUAUUCUUCCCCAAUUUCGAGAAUCCCACUCUGUUUUAGUGUUCUCUCUCAACACCCACCUGCCCUUUAUUCCCUGCGAUUUCUCAUCCGAGACAAAGGAGGUUUUAAAUCCACGCUUCAUAGAUAAAAUAUUUGCAUGGUCAAUACUUGAUGUGAGAGAUGAAUGUAUGAGGUGAAGUUUGGUGAGGAUUUAUGUUUUCUAGAAGCUGCUAGAGGCUUUGCAUUUUAACUUGGCUGCAUUAAUUUCCAAUCUUUUGUGUGGAUUUAAUGUAGCCGGGUUGUCUUUGAUUACAUAAGUGAACAAGGUUUUCCUAAGACUGAUGGAGUGUAAUAAAGAAGAGGCCGUCAGGGCCAAGAAGAUUGCUGAGAAGAAGAUGCAAAGCAAGGACUUUGUGGGGGCUCGUAAGAUUGCUUUGAAGGCUCAACAACUCUAUCCUGAUUUGGAGAAUAUUUCUCAGAUGCUUGUUGUGUGCGAUGUUCAUUGCUCUGCUGAGCGGAAAUUAUUUGGGGAUGAGAUGGAUUGGUAUGCCAUUCUUCAGAUUGAGCAAACAUCCAAUGAGGCAACAAUUAAGAAGCAAUACAGAAAGUUUGCUCUCCAACUUCAUCCCGAUAAAAACAAUUUUGCUGGUGCAGAAGCUGCUUUCAAACUAAUUGGAGAAGCUCAGAGAGUGCUCUUGGAUAGAGAAAAACGUGCCAUGCAUGACAGACGCAGGGCUUUUGUAGUUAAACCAACUGUACCUUAUCAACCCCCACAGGGUCCUCGUUGGAACUCAAAUAUUAUGUCUCAAAACAAUUUUAGAAGUAAUAUGUCAGGUUUGAAUCCGCAGAACUGGCAGUCACAAGAGGCUGCUCAAGCUGUGCCCUUGAAUAUCCGCUCGACAUUUUGGACUCAAUGCCCAUUUUGUUUGAUUAGAUAUCAGUUUUACAAAGAUGUUAUCAAUAGAUCUAUACGUUGUCAAACAUGCGAGAAGCCGUUCACUGCAUAUGAUAUGAAUGUGCAAGGUGCAGCACCAACAGCUUUUAGCCAGCCAGUAUUCCCGCAACAGAAAAACAAUGGUAGCAGAAAAGUGGAAAUGCAUUGGCAACAGAAUUUUAGUCGUGUGAAUCCCAGAGCGGAAUCAGUUCAUAGUUCUGGUAAGAAAGUAGAUUUAAAUUCUUAUGCGACCUCGGUAAAGGUUAAUCGAAAGAGAGAAAGGAAGCAGGUUGUAGAAUCAAGUGAAAGCUCUGACUCUGACUCUGAAAGCAGUGCCGAGACUGAAGAAGCUAUGGAAAUUGAUGAGAAUGGCGACAUUAAGGGUGUACAGAACUUCGGAUAUUUUGGAGAACAAAAUCCACGGAGAUCCUCCCGCCGCAAGCAGCAGGUUUCCUACAAGGAAAAUUUAAGUGAUGAUGAUGAUUUUGUGAGCCCUUCAAAAAAGCCAAAUGGUACUGGAUCAUCUCAUGCUACUGAAGAGGGAAAUGGUGAUACAUCUAAAAAGGAGGAAUCAAAUAUCAAUAAUUCCAAUUCUGUUGCUGGCUUUAAAAAAGAUCAGAAGGUUAAACAGAAGAAAAUUGUUGAGGAAUGCUCACUGAAUGGAGGUAGGACAACCCAGAAGAGUACAAGGUGUAAAGUACCAAUGGAAGAUGAUGGCUCAGAUAAAAUUUUUGAAGUUCAUGAUAACAAAAAUUCAGUCUCAGAUGAUGAUCCGCGUCUGCAGUCAUUUGAUUUACCUUAUCCAGAUUUCAGUGACUUUGAAAAGGACAGAAAAGUAGAAUGUUUUGCAGUAGGGCAGACAUGGGCUCUUUAUGAUGUUCAAAAUGCCAUGCCUAGAUUCUAUGCUAGGAUCAAGAAGGUUCUCAAUCCUGGGUUCAAGGUGGUGAUAACCUGGCUAGAGCCAGAUCCGGAUCCAGAUGACAAGGAUCAAAUUAAAUGGAUCAAAAGGGACCUGCCAGUUUCUUGUGGCAAGUUCAGAUAUGGGAAUUCUGAUACAAUAACCAAUCGACUUAUGUUCUCUCAUAUGGUUUCUUUGGUGAAGGGUGGCCACAGAAAUAGGUGCAAGAUAAAUCCGAUGAAGGGAGAAACAUGGGCACUUUUCAAGAAUUGGGAUAUCAAAUGGAACUCUGAUCAUGUUUUACAUGAUAAGCGUAAGUAUGAAUAUGAAUUUGUUGAGAUCUUGUCUGAGUUUGUUGAGGGUGUUGGAGUAAAUGUUGCAUUGUUGGAAAAGGUGAAAGGCUUUGAGUGCCUAUUCUGCCGGGCUGUAAAGGAAGGGAAGGAAAAAUUUCUAGUUACAGCAAGUGAAUUAUUGAGAUUCUCCCACAGGGUUCCAUCCUAUAAAAUGAUAGUUGAUGAAGUAGAAGGAGUGCCACCAGAUUCUUUUGAACUUGAUCCUGCUUCACUGCCCACAUAUUUCAGGUCUGCACGUAACAAUAAAGCCAAGACAGGGUGUGAUAAGAACACAUCUGUAUACCAGAAUGACGUGAAGAGGAGCCAUUCACAGCCUCAGGACAGUAAUUCUGGCAGUGACAUUGAAGACUCUAGUGAUCCUUCAUCUCCUAGUACAAGAGACAUUGAAAUUCCAGAACCUGAAUUCUACAACUUCGAUGAUGAUAAAUCCCAGGAAAAGUUUCAGAUGGGUCAGAUCUGGGCAUUGUAUAGUGAUGAGGAUGGCUUGCCAAAAUACUAUGGUCAGAUUACAAAAAUUGAUUCAUGCCCAGUUUUCAGAGUGCAUAUUGCAUGGCUUGCCUCCUCCUCACUACCAGAUCAUGUGAUUAGAUGGAGUGAUCAAGACAUGCCCAUUUGCUGUGGCUUAUUUAGGGUUAAAAGGGGCAGUACCCAGGCCUAUGAUCAAAUUAAUUCCUUUUCGCAUCAGGUUAAAGCAUAUUCUAUUGGUAAGAAGAAUGAACAUGCCAUUUAUCCUAGGAAAGGUGAAGUUUGGGCAUUAUAUAGGGACUGGAGUGCUGAUUUGAAAAGCUAUGAGUUGCAAAAUUGUGAGUAUGACAUAGUGGAAGUCCUUGAGGAAAAUAACAAGGGGGUAAAGGUUAUGGUUUUGGAGCGUGUGGAUGGUUUUAACUCAGUUUUUAAGGCUCAAGUUCAAGAAGGAUUGACUAUCAGCAAGGUUAUUGCGCAGAUGGAGCUUCUUAAGUUCUCCCACCAGAUACCUGCUUUUCGGCUGAAAAAUGAGAGAGAAGGCAGCCUGAGAGGCUGCUGGGAAAUUGAUCCUGCUGCAUUGCCAGUUAAUUAUUUUUCUUCUACUUAAUGCUGUAUACAAGCACUGCCUUAGGAGGGACGAGUUUGCUUGGUAUCAGAGGGAGCAAGUUAUAUUUUUGUACAAAUGCAUCAGCCAUUGUCCUUUUGAGUAUUUAUGUUGUUCCUGGCUCAGAUGCAAUGUGGAGAAAGAUGGUUUUGUUCGAACAUUGUUGCCUUCUAAAUUUCUUGUUCUGAUCCGAUAUUUUCUAUGUGGGAUUGACUAGUUGGGUUGUACUUACGACUUGUUGAUGGGGCUGGAAAUUUAGCCAACCAUGAGAGAAGGUUAAAAGCUUUUUAACUUGGCGAAGUUACUCUUGUUUUAACUGCACUCGUUUGAAUCAAAGUUUACUCGUUAGCUCUUCUUGGUUUGAAGUAGAUAGAUUUAGCAUUUAGCUUUUAGCUUUUAGCCGCUAAUGUUAUUGUUUUGUACCUUUGAUUUCAGCAAUUUGUCUGUGGUCAUCGGAUGUGUAAACCUCGUAGACUCUUACGAAAUGAGCUUAAAAGGGGUUGCUCUC